AUGAGCUUCUCACCAGAGCGUCAAGAAUCCUCGAUUGAGCGUAAUGAACUCUCGCCUCAAGCACUGCUGCCAAGCGAUCUUCUUGAGUCGAGCCCGGAGAUCGGCACUUCCAGCCAGACAGCCAUUGAUACUGUUAGUCCACUCAUACAAUCCACCACAACCGCUCAAAGGGUUGCUAGAACUCCACCUGCGGCAACAACUUGGGUACCUCGCCAUCAUGAUCUGAUCCUGGAGCGAAAUGAUCAAUUUGUGGAUGAAACGUGGGCAUUAAUGUCUGGAGGACCUUUACGAACAGCUGGUCAGCACACUCAAGCAUCCCAGGUGGUGCCAUAUACUCCUGGAGAGCCAGGACCAGCACUGUCCAGCACACCAGGUCAGAUGCCAGCGCAGGCCUCGUCGAGAGAGCAACGCCUGACCGAACAGCCACAGAUCUUCCUGCCUCCUGGCCAUGGUAGAACUCCACAACAGAGAGCGGCUGUUGCGAAUUUCAAUGCUGCAGUGGCUGCUCGUGCUAGGCAACGAGCCGCGGCCGACCGUGCAAGACAAGCACACCUUGCUACAUCCCGGGAUCAGCCGAACAAUGAGAACAUUGGCACGCCUCAGAACGACCAAGCACAGGCAUCAGGCCCAGGUGAGCAUCAAAGGGGACGCGCUGAGCUUGGUAACAUUGCCAGUCCUGCAGCACCAACACCAGCAGCUGCAGCACCAACAACGACAGCUAUGCAAACACCAUUGCUGACAGAUCCACCAAUGACCCUUGAACCUGGUCAAUCAAUAGAAUUCCCAAUGGCAUUCGACACAGCUCAUCCUCUGUAUAUGGCCAUCAACAGUUUAGGACAACCUGCGAACGAUACUGAUACCAGACCGCGAGCUCAUGAAGGCAACUCCAUCUUCCGCGAUAUGAUGAACAGUCUGAUCGCGCAAGGUAGAGCAUGGCCCGCCACAUACCGUCAAGUCCAUCUUCCUCGGAACAGACACGUCCCAUAUGGAAAGGAGUUUCUGUACUAUGGUGAAAUGAUCGACAAUCAGCAUAGUCUGUUCCCCAGAGCAGCAACGCUAGGCGGUGAUCCGAUAGCAAUCAGAAAUGCAAGGGAUGGUGAAAUCGCAGGUUGGCAGGAUGCUGCAUCAAACCCCAGAAGCAGAAUUUAUCUGGUGCCGACGCUGAAUCCGGGAAGAUGGCAUGAUGGGAUGGAUGGGUCAGAAAACUAUCCACGUGGGCGUGGGCGAAGACGAAGAUAG